GCGAUGGCCCGCCCGGCGGCCUGCGGAUCGUGGGGGUAGGCUCGGGGCGGGCGGGAGAGGCGGGCAGGGCGCCGCCCGGCCCAGCGCCCUUUCCCCCACCUGGGGCUGGCCCGGGAGGCGCAUAAAAGGCCCGGGCGGCGGGGAGGCUCGCAAGAGGCCUGGCGGAGCGCAGUGGCACCUCGCGGGGCGCCGCGGCUGUCUGGAGAGGCCCCGGGGCCCCUGCCCUUCCGCCGGCGACCGUCCUCCCUCCCGGGCCAUGGGGUUGCCGCAGGGCGGUGGGGGGAGCCCCCCGGGGGCGGCGGCGGCGGCGGCGCCCGGGGGGGACUUCGUGCUGGGGGCGGCGUCGUGCUGCCUGGCGUGCGUGUUCACCAACCCGCUGGAGGUGGUCAAGACGCGGCUGCAGCUGCAGGGGGAGCUGCGCUCGCGGGGCUCGUACCGGCGCCACUACCGGGGCGCGCUGCAGGGCUUGCUGGCGGUGGGCCGGGCCGACGGGCUGCGCGGGCUGCAGAAGGGGCUGGCGGCCGGCCUGCUCUACCAGGGCCUCAUGAACGGCGUGCGCCUCGGCCUCUACUCCCGCGCCGAGCACGCCGGCCUCACCCAGCUGCCCGCCGGCGCCGUCGGAGCCGGGGCCGCGGCCGGCGCCCUGGGAGCCCUGGUGGCCAGCCCGGCCUAUCUGGUCAAGACGCAUCUCCAAGCCCAGUCUGUGGCAGCCUUCGCCGUGGGGCACCAGCAUAACCACCAGAGCGUCUCCAGUGCCUUCGAGACCAUCUACAAGAAGCAAGGGCUGCUGGGACUGUGGCGGGGGGUGAAUGGUGCCGUGCCACGUGUCACGGUGGGCUCUGCUGUGCAGCUGGCCACCUUUGCUUCUGCCAAGGAGUGGGUCAGGAAGCACAAGUGGUUCCAGGAGAGCAGCUGGAUGGUAGCCCUCAGCAGCGGCAUGAUCAGCGGGGUGGCGGUGGCGGUGGCAAUGACCCCCUUCGAUGUGGUGAGCACUAGGCUGUACAACCAGCCGGUGGACGAGAUGGGCAAGGGCAAACACUACCGGGGGUUCCUGGACUGCUUCGUGCAGAUCACGGGGAGGGAGAGCUUCCUGGCCCUCUACAAAGGCCUGGGCCCAGCGUACCUGCGCCUGGGACCACACACCACCUUGAGCCUCCUCUUCUGGGAUGAGCUGAGGCGUCUCACCUGCCAGUACCAGGGCACCUGAAGGGCGGAGACUGCUGAGGAUUCUGCGCUCGCUUUUCCUUGCAGAGGGGAGCAGAACUGGGGCAGCUGGUGGAGACCUGCAUCUUGCUGCCAGCCUCCCAUCUCCCUGCCCCCCCGCCCCCGCCUUGACUGGGCACUUCAGCCAGAUUGUGGUUUCUCCUGGACGGUCAGAGGGCAGGCCUGAGCCAGCCCCCCCCCCCCCUUUGGGCUUUCUGGGAACAAGUGAGGCAGAGGCAUCCUGAACGGUGCUGGAGAGAGCUGAAAACUGUGCCUUCCUUUCUUGGCUGGCUGGUGGAAUUCCAGACUGCCCCCCGCCCCAUGUCUGUACAAUCAGAUGAAGCCUGGUGAAGGGGCACCCCCCCCUUCAAGUGUGAACAAGCAAGGAAGUGGAGAGAGUGGGCUGGCUUUGGACCAAGGUCUCCGCUGAGGGGCAGGCUAGACCCAGGGGGUCUCAGGCUGCCUGGGCCCCUCGCAUUCUGAGCUCAUAUUUCCACUUGGACUGACAAGCCGUCUGGCAAGAGCCAAACGCAGCAGCGGCAUCACCUGCCGUCUGGCUCAAGGAGGCCAAAAUCCAAGAGGAAGUGUCAAGAGAGACAAGCCGUCUCUGGGCGGCUGGGGCAAAGUUUGCUUCGUGGCUGUUGUCACUGAAGCCAAGCCAGGCGCGCGGCCCCCUGGCACAAAUAAAGAUUUUUCUACGUUGUUGUA